AUGGUAAACAUUGAAAGCAAAAAGGCAAGCACAACUGUCAUAAAAGCCAGACAUGUCGACUUCAGUUUCAUUAGACAAGUCUCGUCAGUUGCAUUAGCAAAAAAAAGAAGAAAAAAAUUUGAGCAGACAACAAUAAUGAGUCAGUUUAAUUGCAAAGCAAGUUGCACAAUCAUUGUCGGUGCGAUUCUCAUGGUUAGACAAACAGCGAAACAAAAACGUAAAGAAAAACAUAAAAAAUGUUGGGAUUAUAGGCAAGAUCAUGGUCAAGAUUCUGAACUUUAA